AGCCCAGCCCCACUCCUCUCCUCUCUGAAACUGAAAAGCGAAAGUUUAAAAUUGAAAGAACAAAGAGCCCUAGCCCCCCAGCCCCCAGCCCAGGUCGCCGUUUGUUUGCCGUUUGUUUGCCGUUCACGUUCGCGUUCUUCGCCGUUCACCGUUCACCGUUCGAGUUCGCAUUCGUGUUCGUCUGGAAGCCACGUUGCUCUGCUUCAAACACUGCGACCAACCCGCGUGCUCCACCUAGCCGUCGAACUCCUCUCUUUUGUCGCCGCCCUUUGUGCCUUCCAUAAUUUUCAUCGCUGCACAUGCAACAAUGUCGAAGUCCAAUUCCAAGAACAAGAAGCUCUCCAAGGAGCCACAGGACUUAGAACUCAUCAAAUCCGACGUAGCCUCAUUCGCCUCUUCCCUUGGCUUGUCCACUUCCCAAUCCUAUUCCGGUUUCAACGACGUUGAUUUCCGCAAGCCAAACAAGGCCCCAAAGAAGGAUAAGAAGCAACGCGAAACCGCCACCAAACCACUGCAGCAGAACAACCAAGCACCGAGCACCAAGGAAACAAGUAGAAGCAAUGGCCACCAUGACAAGGCAAACCCGAAACCCAAAACCCCGGUUUUGUCACUGGAAGACGGGAACAAGGAGAGAGGGUUCAACAGGUUCAAGAACCUUCCGAAGCUUCCUCUGGUGAAGGCGAGUGCGUUGGGAGUGUGGUUCGACGACGCUGCUGAGCUGGAAGCGAAGGUGGUUGGGGAAGGGAAGAAGGUGGAGGUGAAGGAUUUGGAAGAGUGGCAGGGGUUUGUGGAGAAGAAGAGAGAAUUGGGUGAGAGGUUGAUGGCGCAGUACGCGCAGGACUACGAGUUGACGAGAGGGCAGAGCAGUGAUAUCAAGAUGCUGGUGUCUACACAGAGGUCUGGAACUGCUGCGGACAAGGUCUCUGCUUUCUCUGUGUUAGUUGGAGACAACCCUGUUGCAAACCUCCGCUCAAUUGAUGCACUUUUAGGAAUGGUGACAUCCAAGGUUGGGAAGCGCCAUGCUUUGACAGGGUUUGAAGCACUUCAAGAAUUAUUCAUUGCGAGCUUAUUACCGGAUCGAAAAUUGAAGACCUUGAUACAGCGGCCAUUAAAUCAUGUUCCUGAAACCAAAGAUGGAUAUUCCCUUCUACUGUUCUGGUAUUGGGAGGAAUGUUUGAAGCAGAGAUAUGAAAGAUUUGUUGUUGCACUUGAAGAAGCGUCACGAGACAUGCUACCAGCUCUUAAAAACAAGGCACUAAAGAGCAUAUAUAUGCUGUUGAGUAGGAAGUCAGAGCAAGAGCGCAAACUACUUUCUGCUCUUGUUAAUAAACUUGGGGAUCCGGAUAAUAGGGCCGCAUCUAAUGCUGACUAUCACUUGUCAAACCUGUUGUCUGACCACCCAAAUAUGAAGGCCGUGGUUAUUGACGAGGUGGAUACUUUUCUCUUUCGGCCCCAUUUAGGACCACGUUCACAGUACCAUGCUGUUAACUUCUUAAGCCAAAUCCGUCUAACAAAUAGAGGAGAUGGACCAAAAGUGGCAAAACGUCUAAUAGAUGUUUAUUUUGCGCUGUUUAAGGUAUUAAUCUCAAGUGCAAGCAGCAAUCAAAAGCUUGAUAAAAGCAGCAAGGCAAAUCCAAAAGAGCAAAAAUCAAAAAGUACACCUGAAUCACAUGCUGAAUUGGACUCCCGGCUUCUUUCAGCACUCCUAACUGGAGUGAAUAGGGCAUUUCCUUAUGUAUCAAGCACUGAAGUUGAUGACAUUGUUGAUGUUCAAACCCCAAUUCUUUUCCGGUUGGUUCAUUCAAAAAAUUUUAACGUAGGAGUUCAAGCACUGAUGCUUCUCGAUAAAAUCACAUCCAAGAAUCAGAUAGCCAGUGAUCGAUUUUACCGUGCAUUGUACUCUAAACUUCUGCUUCCAGCUGCCAUGAAUACAUCCAAGGCAGAAAUGUUCGUUGGACUUCUUCUAAGAGCAAUGAAAAGAGAUGUAAAUUUAAAGCGUGUGGCUGCCUUUUCUAAACGUCUAUUGCAGGUCGCACUUCAGAUGCCACCGCAAUAUGCCUGUGCAUGCCUUUUUCUUCUGUCCGAACUCCUUAAAGCCAGACCACCUCUAUGGAACAUGGUGUUGCAGAAUGAAUCUAUUGAUGACGAACUUGAACACUUUGAAGAUGUUAUAGAAGAAACUGAUAAUGAACCUAGCACCGUAUCAAAAAAACAAGCUGAUAAUAUUACCCUUGCUCAGAAUGGAGAUGAUGAAAAUAAUGAUAGUGAUUCUUCAGAAGGCAAAGACGAUCUUCCAGCAUCUUCUGAGGACGACGAUGAUUCAGAUGGUGCUUCAGAGGAGGAUGCAGAUUUUUUUCUUGCGAAGGAUGAACCAAGUAUCAAAAAACCGAAGUCUGCAUCCAAAAAUAAAUCAAAAUCUGCAUCUGAUGAUGAAGGACAGCAAUCUAAGGUAUCUGCCAAGAAGUCUUUACUGCCUGGAGGCUAUGACCCACGACACCGAGAACCUUCUUAUUGCAAUGCAGACCGGGUAAGUUGGUGGGAGUUAAUGGUACUUGCUUCGCACGCACACCCUUCAGUUUCCACCAUGGCCAGAACUCUUCUUUCUGGGGCAAACGUUGUCUACAAUGGAAACCCAUUAAGUGACCUAAAUCUCACAGCUUUCCUUGACAAAUUCAUGGAGAAGAAACCGAAACAGAGCUCAUGGCAUGGUGGUUCCCAGAUUGAACCUACUAAACAGAUGGACAUUAACAACCACUUGAUUGGCAAAGAAAUUCUUUCACUCGCCGAAGAAGAUGUGCCCCCAGAAGAUCUCGUCUUCCACAAAUUCUAUACGAACAAAAUGAGCUCUAAACCGAAGAAGAAGAAAAAGAAGUCAGCUGAUGAUGAGGAUGCUGACUUCUUUGACGAUGACGAGGAGGUUGAAGGUGGGGAUGAGAGCGAUAAUGAAGAGAUCGAGAAAAAUGUCGCUAAAGAGGAAGACGAUGACUUGAUUGGUGAUGCUGAUAUGGCGUCGGAUAUGUCAGGAGGAGAGGACGAGGCCAUUGAUGAUGACGACAACAACGCCAUUGAUGACGACGACGACAUUAAGAUUGGAGAUAUUGACGAUGCCUCGGAUAUUGAUUUUGAUGAGGAUGAAGAUGAAGUCGACAAAAGAAAACAAAAACGAAAACGCAAGAGUGAAAAGGCAUCUCCAUUUGCAAGUUACGAAGAGUAUGAGCAUCUAAUGGAAGAAGAUGGUGACGAGAGUCACAGGACACGGGAAAAACCCGCCGGAAAAAAACACAAGUCCAAAAAGAGUAAAAAAUAGACUCAUUGCAUUGUUCUGAUUUUACAUUGAUGCUUGGUAGCGUCGUUAGCACACAUGAACCACAAUACCAGUUUUGCAUGCUAUGCUUUUGUAACGUCAUAUCAAAAUUUUGUGUAUCAUUAACUAUAAAAUGAAUUGAUUUUAGACUUAGUUUUA